AUGGAUCCUCAGGUUCUGGAUACCAUAAUCAGCCGGUUGGUGGCCACCGAGGGCAAUCGGCCCACGGAAGAAAAUCCUCUUUCGGAGGCAGAGAUUCGGCUGCUGUGUCUGGUGUCGAAGGAUAUUUUUCUAGAGCAGCCCAAUCUUUUGGAGCUCAAAGCCCCCGUCAAAAUAUGCGGUAAGGGUUACUAUUUCGUGGUGAUAUAUAUGUUCUACCGGCCUUGCGUUUUGGUUGUUUCUGAGUAGGAGGAAAAAUAGCGGAGAAGCUGAGGGAGCCGAUCGGUUUCUUCGUUUUUUGUGGCCUCGCGAUGUCGAAUUUUCUGAAUUUCUUUUCGGCUGUUGCUUUAUCUAGACCUUUUCUUUUCCAUAGCCAGCCAGUUCCUUCUCUCAUCAGACGGGCUACUGCUUCAGAUCUUCUGUUAGGCAUUUUUUUCUCUUUUUCGGUUCAACUGCUAGAAUAGAGCUGAAAGACUGGUGGCCGAAACUAACUGAUUGACCAGAAUACGUUCUUUCCAGUCCUCAAAAUAAUGAGCCGUUUACUUAUUGUAUCUCAUUCUCCCCCCUAACCGUUCCAUUUUUUUCUAAUUAGCGGGUUCAAUCUUGCGCAGGAGAUAUUCACGGACAGUAUUCUGAUCUUUUGAGACUUUUUGAGCUCGGCGGGUUUCCCCCAGAAAGUAAUUAUCUAUUUCUUGGAAAUUAUGUUGAUUAUGGGAGGCGAAAUAUGGAGACGAUGUGUCUUCUUCUGGCUUACAAGAUUAAGUAUCCCGACAAUUUCUUUCUUCUGCGGGGUAAUCAUGAAUCUGCAUCCAUGAAUCGUAUAUAUGGUUUCUACGACGAGUGUAAGAGAAGAUUCAAUGUGAGGCUAUGGAAAAUCUCGAUUGACUGCUUUAACUGCCUACCUGUGGCAGCUCUUGUCGAUGGCAAAAUAUUCUUUGUGCAUGGUGGUAUUUCUCCAGAUCUGAAGAACUUGGAUCAGAUACGAAAUUUGGCACGCCCCACCGAUGUUCCUGAUGCCGGAUUGCUGUCUGAUCUCCUUUGGUCCGAUCCCAGUAGAGAUGUCCAAGGAUGGGGCAUCAAUGAUCGUGGUUUUUCGUACACAUUCGGUGCUGACAUUGUGUCGGAGUUUCUUGAGAAGAACAACCUGUGGCAGCUCUUGUCAAUGAGAAAAUAUUCUGUGUGCACGGCGGUCUUUCUCCAGAACUGGAGAAUUUCGAUCAAAUACGAAAUCUGCCACGCCCUGCUUUUAUUCGUUAUGAACGAUUGCUGUGUGAUCUUCUUCGGUCCGUUCCAAGGGAAGAUAUUCCAGGUUGGGUCUCGAAGGAUCAAGGUUAUUCAUACACAUUCGGUCCUGAGAUUAUGUCACAGUUUCUCCAGAAGCAUGACCUUGAGAUUAUCUGUUGCGCUCAUCAGGUUCAGAAUCACCAUGCAAUCCCUUAUCCCAAGGUUGUAAAGGAUGGGUAUGAGUUAGUUGCCCACGGGCAACUCAUCACGAUAUUUUCAGCGCCUAGUUAUAUUGACCAGUUCGACAGUGCAGGCGCGAUAAUGAGCAUAGAUGAGAAUUUGAUGUACUCAUUUCAAAUAUUAAAGCGGUCCAUAAAGAGAUCAAAUUUCUUUCGAACUAAGCCAAUGUAUCAGGUAUGA